AUGGCAAGUCCGCGGCACCCGCUGUCGGUGCGCGCCGUGGCCCUGGUGCAGACCGGAAGGCUCCAGACCUUCGUCUUCUCCGUGCGCUGGUCAGAAGGCGGCGACACUUUUGUCCGCAGGAGUCACGAUGAGUUCAGGAAACUUCAGAAGACCCUUCAGGAGAAUUUCCCCGUGGAGGCUGGCGUGCUGCGCAGAGCGGAUUGCGUUCUCCCCAAGCUUCCAGACGUGCCGCUCUUGGCGCGCGGGGGGCGCACGGGCCGCGGGCUGGCGCGCCUGCGGCUCCUGGAAGUCUAUGCCCAGACGCUGCUGACGGCCGCGGAGCGCGUGUCCCGCAGCCCAGCGCUCACUGGCUUUUUCGCACCGCAACCCCUGGACCUGGAGCCCGCGCUGCCACCCGGCAGCCGGGUGAUCCUGCCGGUCCCUGAGGAGCCUCUGCCCGGCCCCACCGGCAGCCUCAACAUCCGCAGACUGGAGACCCAGAGACUUCACUGCCUGCAACCCUACAGCACCCAGGACACGCAGGGCCGACCCUUCCACGUGCGGGCCCAGGCGGCCCUGGACGUGUUGCUACGACACCCCUCAGGCUGGUGGCUGGUGGAAAACGAGGAGCAGCAGACGGCCUGGUUUCCGGCUCCCUACCUGGAAGUGGCGGCCCCAGGCCAGGACGGAGGCCUGCCGCUGGGGAGCAGCGGGCUGCAGUACUGUGCUUCCCGCGCCUACGAGGGCUGCGGCGCGCAGGAGCUAUCUGUGCCCGCGGGAGCGCGCGUGCGCGUGUUGGAGACCUCAGAUCGCGGCUGGUGGAUGUGCAGGUAUGGCGGCCGAGCCGGCCUCCUGCCAGCGCUGGUGCUGCAGCCCGACUGGCUGGGCGCGCUCGUGGGCGGGGCUGUCGGCGGGGAAGACGGCGCAGGCCACACCCCCGAACCGCUCCCGGCCCGGCCCCCACCGGUGCCCGCCCGGCCCCCCGGAGCGCUGUUGAGUCGCUGCAGCACCGUCACCCACGGGGCACUGGCGCAGUACCAAGGGGGCUGCUGGAAGGUGUGCGGAACCCGGUGGAGGGCUGGCGCUUGUAGCUGGGCGAAGAGGGCAGCGGCCCUAGGCCAUGCUGCGGAAGUGCCUGGGAUCCGGCCCGCGCAGCUCAGAGGAGGAUGGCAGCCUUGCUUGAAAAAGAGCAGGAGAUCCCACCCCAAGGGCUUACUGGGGCGUUGA